CCGGUGUCUGCGAUGACAUCAUUGAUUCUUUUUGCAGAGAGAGAAGAAAGUGUGCACUCGUUGGUUCAGUUGAGAUUUUUGCAAGGGAAGAAGCGCGAAGAUGACCACGACUUCUACAUUUAGUGGACUAAACGAGGAUGCUAAACCAACGUCUAGGGUUUUGAAGCCACCAGGGGGAGGAUCCAGUAACAUUUUUGGGGCCGAAGCUUCAGCCUCUGCAGCAAAGCCAAAAGCAGGAACCAAGAAGCCCACUGAUUCUGGAGUCUUUGGAAAAACUGACACAGGCCAUGGCUCAGAUCGGGACAACAGUGCAGGCAGGAACCGGACAGCAAGAGAUGGCUCAUACAACCCAAUAACUGGUGCUGACUAUAAAGACCUUGUGCCAACCCAUCAUGCACUGAAUGUAAAGGAGCCACCAAAGCCACAAAAGGAACAACCACCUCUGCCAUAUUCAGAUGGUGAGUUUCAGGUCAAGGAGGGAAAGGCCCAGAAUGUGCACACAUCCUCUCGUGUCACCAACCCACCUGGUGGCAAAACCCAUAAGCUGUGGUAGAUCUACUGCUUGAAAGGGGCUAAGUUGCUGAACACAUCUUGAAUUGAGGUGUGUAAAACCUCAUGAUGAUUGUCUUCUGUUGGCUGUUUAAAUCAACUUCUGCCACAGAUGUUGUCAUUGAGUUAUGGUGCAAAUGUUGGGAUCUCUAACUUUUUAUAACUUUUUGGAGAUCUGAGAGAAAGGUAUUCUGUGAUAGCAUAGAGGACCCAGUUGUAAGAAACAAAAGCAGCUUCACUGUGGCAUCAUGGAAGACUAAUAAGCAGCGGAUACAAAGUCACUUUGAUAAAAAUUUCUCCUUUUUUCAUCCCAUAUGCCCUUUAUUAGUCUAUUAACAUCUGUUUGAAAAAUGCACAAGACAGAAGGAGUCAGCAGCAGUAAUUCAUUUUUCUGCAUAAUGAAUAAAUAAACAGAUAUUCUAAACUGUGCUUAGCACUGAUAUCUUUUUCCUUCAUUUCCACCUUUGUGUGUAAGGACAAAAAAGAAACAACAAAAUAUGGAACACAGAUCUGACCACUGGUACUAAAACAUUAAGUUGAAGAAGAAAUGAAUUUCUUUCAUCCAAGAGCAGUGUUGGUAAUGCACAUUGCUGAAAAUUAUUUUGUGUGGUUUUUGUCCUGCAUGCAUUUUAGAUAAACUGUUGUUACUGUAUUGUGUCCAUCACCAAAUAACAAAGUUGGUGUUCUGAAAGGCUUGUCCUGCAUAAGUAAUCAUAAUGCACUUGUCAUUGUCACACUUGAAGCGUGUGCACUCAGUCACUUGACAUUGGGUAGAGCAUGACAGUUUAUAAAGUGAUUAAUACCAAGGCCUGAUGCAUUACUGACAUUUAGCAUUCCUGUGUGCAGCAGAGCCAGUAUUGGCUAUGUUUAUUAGGUAUCAAGCGUGUAUUGAGCACUGCUUACAAUUUAGGGAUAUAAUGUUAAUUGAGGUCAUAGUUAAAAAAAAGAGAUGCUUCAUGUUCAGGCUACAAGGAGGGGGACAAAUGUUUUUGUUGCCAUGUUGUUGCAUGUUUGUGUUGCUAGCAUCAACAUCUGUAGUUUGUGCUUACUAUAGUUUCUUUUAUUUAAAACCUAAUUCUGAACUUGAUAUUGUGUACAGAGUAACGUCUGUUCAUUUUCGCAUGUAUUUUUGUAUCAUUUUGCAGUGCCAUUGGAAUGAUUAUUCACUUUAGGGUUCUGACUUCUCCAUUGAAUUGUAAAGAUUAGGAAAGGCUUCUAUGUCUAACAUUUAUUUUUUUACUUGUGUGAUUUUUAUAUGUAAAAUAUUUGGUACAGCUUUUCUUCUAAGAGUUUUUUGUGGAUUUGUCCAUUGAAGAACCUACUACAAAUCUACUCACACAUGCUGGUACAAAAAUCUUCGAAAUUUUUUUUUUCAAGCACAUAUGCUGCUGGAAAUCCUGGAUGUUCUUUGUAACAGUUUAUCGUACUAUUUUACAAGUAAAUGUCUUCACCAGUGUCAACCUGCUUGUUAUCUUUUCAGAUACCAUGCAUUUUUCUAAGAUUUCACUUUUUUUUUAGUCUCUAAAAUCAAAGCAGCUUGUAUAAGGGUUUCUUUUUUUUUCUUUUUUUUUGUUGUUGCAAUAAGCAUAUACUGCAGUUUUUUUUAAUGGUGUAUAAAGUUAAAAACAAUAAACAGCUUGUGCAAGCUU